AUGCUAAGUGGCUAUCCUGGCUCUGAGUGGUACUUCGAUCUACUAAUUAAAGCUAAAUUAGGUUAUGGACUUUUUGUGAACGGCGAACUAGUAGCAUGGGUUUUUAUAAAAGAAAUCGGAGCACUGGGCCAUCUGUACACUUUAGAAGACCAUAGAAGAAAAGGUUACGGCGAAUUAGUUCUGAAACUUAUAUCAAAUUGGUUAUUAGAGAAAAAUAAGUAUGUAUUUGCUUUUUGUGUGGACGGUAAUAAAGUUGAACUAAACUUAAACUGCCUCGGUGGUGUAGUGGCUAGCAUGUACGGCUGCACACCCGGAGGUCCUGGGUUCGAGUCCCGGGUCGGGCCAAGUUUAGUUAUUGAGUCUUUCUGUAUAAGUAAGCCUCAG